AUGAGCAAAUCUGAUAGACCGCGGUUCAAUAUCAAGGUCGCUGAGACCAAGGACGAGAUCGAAGCAUGCUAUGAUAUCCGUAUAGAAGUCUUCGUUGUUGAGCAGGGGUUCCCAUUGGACGUUGAGAUAGACGACUAUGACAAGACUGCAACACACCUCUUACUGACUACGCCGGUCUCAUCCCCUCCACCCGAAUCAACCGCAUCUCUCACCCCAUCUCUGGAGCCUUCUUCCGCUUCGACAUCACAAAAGCCUAUAGGGACCAUCCGAUGGAAUCCUUCCGUGGGGAAAGUUGCUCGACUGGUCGUAGCGAAAGAGUAUCGGAAAUACGGAUUCGGUCGAGUAUUGAUGGACGAGUUGCACCAGCACGUCAAGUCGACUUCCGUGGACAAGCGGUCAGAACUGAAGACUGCAAAGGAGGUCAAUGGUAAAGAGCACGUCCAUCUUUGGCUCAAUGCUCAAAUGUACGCGAUUCCGUUUUACGUCAAGAUGGGUUACGAACAGGUCGGGGAGGAGUUCGACGAGGAUGGAGCGCCUCAUGUCAAGAUGGUACGAGAUCUCGAGCUGAUUUAG